CCUAAAGGCUGCUGUAAGUGCUACACAGACGCUUUACCCCAUCGAAACUAGGUGCUAUUCAUUUAGUUGGACACUUUCUAAUCUGACUCGGCUCGCUUUGUUUAUUAGAUCUCCGCCAAUGUUGUCAAAAACAUGGCCAAGUACAAGUUUAAGCUGGGAUCCAGUGAAGCAUUCAAGAAACACGCACGCAGGGUAAGUAUCCAUGUCUAUCGCUGUCGACCCAAGACGAUAUUAUGGAUCACGGAUUUUUCUAAAGACCGAUAUUGACUCUCUUUCAUAUAGAUUACACACUUGAUUGCUGACAAGGAGAUGCGAUCAAAGACUUUCAAGGCGGGAGAGCUGACGGAGGUCACGACGGUGAUAAAGAACAAGAUCCGGCGGUUUGUCAAGGAUUACAUGACCAAGCUGUUCAAGAAGCAGCCGAAGGAGGAGCGCUCAAGCACGGCGGCUCUGGUGAACGGAACACGCAAUUCGAUCUCACAUGUCAUUGUUCUUGGCGCCGAUGGAGCAUCGCUACCGCCGUCAAGUUCUGUGUUGGGUACCAAAGGUUCGAACCUUUUGUCGGCAGCGGCGGCGGCGGCAGUAGCAGCGGCAGCCAGGAAGGAUGAUCUGUCUGGAGUAUCGUCGUCCCUGAAAACUGGGGCGGAGAAGAAAUCGAUGGGAUAUGGAGAUGUGGAGGUGGACGAUGAUGACGAUGUCAAGUAUGGAGAGGGGGAGGAAGACGAGGGGGAUUUGGACGGAGACGAGGAAGAUGACGACGCAGGAGUUGCGGCUGUACCGUCCUCUUCUGUGGAACUCCCUCUCUAGCGUCUUGUGCGCGCGCGAUGCCUUAGCUCCGUGUUCUGGAGACCUGCGCCCUUCCUGACCUUGGCCUUUUUUAGUGUUUUGUACCUGAUACCCCCAUCACCUCCGGCUUAUGCUCUCGCCUUUUCUUC